AUGGUUGUUCGUGGUAAAUGUCCCAUGGCAGAAGUAUCCGCUUUCAUCAAUAAUCCAACAAUUACGAAAACGAUGACUAUCCAUGGUAAAUAUAAUUUACCAACGGAUGGAAUAGAUAAUAGUACUGUACUAACUGGAGCAUAUGUGCCAAUGAUGUGCAAUAGUGGAUAUGUACAUACAGGCGGUCAGCUUAAUAUAACAUGUAUUGAUGAUGCGUGGACUACGUUUCCCACAUGUGUUUCGAUUACUGCCCACGAUUCACAUAUGAUGGCUUCCUCAUCUAUAGUUAAUACUGUACCUUGUGCACUAGAUCACACAACAUUUAACAUUACAAAUGGAUAUUCUCCUAAUGCGUCAUUAACACCUAUGCCGAGAUGGAUUCGAUUUGCAUGCAUGGUUGGUUAUACACUUGAUCCAACAAUUGGCGAAUUAUAUACUUGUAAUAAUGGUGUUUGGUCUACUAAACCACGAUGUUUAAUAACUGGUCGAUGUUCAUUAUCUGAAUUGACAAACUUUCUAUCGAAGGCAAAUGGUUUACAAACUACUAAUCAAAGUCAAUUAAUGCCAGCUUCACAAGAAAAAGACGUCGUAGCAAAUGGUUUACAAACUACUAAUCAAAGUCAAUUAAUGCAAGUUUCACAAGAAACUGAUGUCGUAAUUAGUGGUUCUUAUAUUGUGACGAUUUGUGUGGAUGGUUACAAAAAUAUGGGUGGGAAUUUAAAUAUAACAUGUUCUGCAACUGGUUCAUGGAGUCUUUUUCCUAAAUGUGUUAUGAAUGAUGGCAAUAGUGGUUCUCCGACUGGUCCUGCAGUACCUCCAGGAACUAGUCGAUGUUCAUUUUCUGAAUUGCGAAACUUUCUAUCGAAGGCAAAUGGUUUACAAACUACUAAUCAAAGUCAAUUAAUGCAAGUUUCACAAGAAACUGAUGUCGUAAUUAGUGGUUCUUAUAUUGUGACGAUUUGUAUCGAUGAUUAUAGAAAUAUGGGUGGUAAUUUAAAUAUAACAUGUUCUGCAAGUGGUUCAUGGAGUCCUUUUCCUAAUUGUGUCUUAAGUGCAGCGACAACAAUUUCUUCUUCGAAUAGUGGAUCUCCGUGUAAUUACAAUCCGAGUCUAUUGACUAUACCGAAUGGUGCUGCAAGUUCUUCGAAUGGUCUUAUGUCGCCGACUACUAGUCAAGCUGUAUCUGGAGCAUAUAUUAGUUAUAUGUGUACGCCAUCAUAUAAACUUGUAGGUAAUUCGAUGAUAACAUGUACAAAUGGAGUUUGGUCACCACAACCUGCUUGUGUCGCGUCUAGUUCAGGCAGUCAAACGUCUGUAAAACCAUCAGCAAAAUGUACCGAGAUCCCAUUUGUUGGUAAUAGUGAUAUAUUAUCGGCAACACCUAUUCAAAUUUCUAAUAAUAUAUCUCGAAGAAAAGUUGAGUUCAAAUGUAAGCGUGGAUAUACAUAUGCAAGUACAUCAGGUCAACUUGUAGUAUGGUGUACGAAUGGUGUGUGGGAUCGACUUCCUGUUUGUGCACCGAGUCCUGCUUGUUCAAUCAAUCAAUUACAAUCAGCACUUAUUAAUGUAGUACCAGUAUCAAAUUCACUUAAGGUCGGUAAUGGUGGUAUUCUUGCUGAUGGUUGGAUUCAACUUCGAUGUGCACAUGGUUAUGCUCUUAGAUCAUUACCUAGUUCUCUGAAUAUUACAUGUCUUUCGACAGGAGCAUGGUCACAAUUCCCUGUUUGUCUUAAAUAA